GCAGUGAGCUGAGAUGGCACCACUGCACUCCAGCCUGGGUGACAGAGUGAGACUCUGUCUCAACAAAAAAAGAGAAAAAAGGAUGGAUACUGUUUUUGCUUAAGUACCAUGAUUCUCUUCUCCCCACUCCCACUUAUUUUUUCUUUUUUUCUCUUUUGAAUCUACUCAAGUUGAGAGAGAUUUGUGCCUUUGAACUCCAUGGCAUAUUCAUCCUCUAACAGCGACACAGAGGACUGCAGCUCCAAAUCCAUUUCCAACCUGAGCCUCUCUGUGGGCUAUUUCCCCUGUGAGGACACAACCUCCUGUGAGGACACAACCUCCUGUGAAGAUGCGCCUUCCAAGGGUCCUUCCAUCCACUUCCUCCCUCCCAUCCAAGGGACAUGGGGCACUGAAAUGAUACGGAGACCCAUGAAAAGACAAGACCAAAUUGAGGACAAACCAGAGCAGUUUUGCAAACUAAGCAUCCUCCUGGCCUGGGAUGUGGACGUCGGCUCUGACAACACAGACUCAAUAGCUAAUAGCCUUCUAAAUGGCGACAACCUGUGGAUAGACAAGUUCCCAAAAGAAACGACAAAACUGUCUGUCAGCAAACUGGAUAAUCUUGUGCAAGAGUUUCAGACAUUUCUAGAAAAUCUGAAAGAUGAUGAAGAUGAUGACGCUGUGUUUCCUGAACCUACUCAGAAAGAUUUCCAACUGUCCAGAGGCUCCCCUCUGGAAAUGGCUCAGAUGAUAAGUGAGGCAACUGCCAGCCAAAGGACAAGCACUCCAGAGAUCUCCUCAAUCCUGCCAGAGCGGCCGGAGAAGGACGACACUCCUUCCCACACAUGGACCCCGUGCUGUCUUGGGUGGGCCUUCAGCUGGCUGAGGCAGCGUGUCCUCUCCUCUGUGCUGAGGAGGGAGCGCCCUGUAAAGGCCACCAACUGUCCCUAUCGGCCAGCACUAAGGAAAAGAUGCUUUCACAGAGGCAAGAGAAUUCAACCUCAAGAAACCCUUGAAUUAGAACAUCCCAUGUAGACAGAUUUUUAAACUUUUUGGAAAGUUUAAAAUAAUCUAUAAUAAGGAUUCCAUUAAUAAUCCCCAUCAGUUUAUUUUUUCCUCAAUAAACAAAAUAAAUGUUCUUGUUA